AUGCUUGAUAGGAAUGCUCAAGAACUUAUUUACAGCAAUGAGGAUCCUGCGACAUAUAUGCACAACAAUGGAACCAGAACAAAUCUUGACUUGAUCCUGGAUCCAAGCGGCAUCAGUGAGCAUAGCCGCCGCAAAAUAUUUGUCGAUCCUGGUUCUGGCCACAAGUCAGUCAUUGCUAGUAUUACCAUAAAAGAGAUGAAUUGA